GCGCGAACACUGUGACGCCGGCGAAGACACUUCAGUCCCAUUAAAGCUGCAGUGGAGUGCGGCUCGCGCUCGUUUUACCUCCCGAAAGAAGACACGUGAAUCGUGACCACGUGGAUCUGUGCGUGACACACGAGUUUCCCGCGCGUUACCUCCACGGUGGCUCGAAGCAAGUGUUGAGUUUUUCUUUUCCUGGUGAAAAGUCGGGGGAUUUUUGUAAGUCGUCGCCGUGGACACGAGAACAACCGUCAACCUGGAGCCCACGUGUCAAAAACGACGGAAAUGUGAGGCCGACGGAAAGGAGGCGAAGGCGGAGCUGGCACAACGCAAUAUGUUCCCUAGCGCUCAAAUUAAAAUGAGUAUCUUUCUCAGAUUGCUGUCGCCAAGCAGUUCGCCGGCCACGUCGCCCACAAUGUCGAAUUCUUCGUCGCCGACGCCACCGACACCGGCUGCACCAGCUUAUAACCAGAAGAUGACCGGAAUACCCUGCGUGGCCGCCGCUUCCAGAUACACGGCGCCGGUACACAUCGACGUAGGUGGCACGAUAUACACGUCCUCGCUCGAAACUCUCACCAAGUAUCCCGAGUCAAGACUAGCAAAAUUAUUCAACGGCAGCAUCCCCAUCGUACUGGACUCCCUGAAGCAACAUUACUUCAUCGACAGGGAUGGCGGCAUGUUCAGACAUAUCCUAAAUUUCAUGAGAAACUCCCGUCUACUAAUACCAGACAAUUUCGCCGAUCUGGAUCUGCUUUUAGAAGAAGCACGAUACUUCGAUAUUGCGCCUAUGUGCAGGCAGCUGGAGCAAAUGAAAAAGGAGCGUAUAAAAAACGGUUCCACGACGACCACCACGAUGUCUUCUUCGUCCCCGAGUCCACCGCCAACCAAUCAACUAGGCAACCGUGGCACAGGAUGCACAACGCUACCGUGUAACCGAGACUCUGACAAAAUCCGCGCCAACGAAGGGAAUUGUAACUUCGAGUGCGUGGCCCUUCACGUCAGCCCAGAUCUGGGGGAACGAGUUAUGCUGUCUGGCGGUCGCGCGUUACUGGACGAGGUGUUUCCGGAAACGACCCAGGCGGUAAUCGACGCUCGAUCUGGCGUUGCUUGGCACCAACAGGACGCUCGUCACGUUAUCAGGUUCCCAUUGAAUGGUUACUGCAAACUGAACUCCGUGCAGGCCAUCACCAGGCUUUUGAACGCGGGAUUCCGCGUGGUAGCCAGCAAUGGUGGCGGCGUGGAAGGGCAACAAUUCUCGGAGUACCUAUUCGUUCGACAGGCUAUCAACACUUGACGGAACACCGCUCAUCAGCGGAAGACUAGCUCGAGGACGGUUCGUUGCCUUCAACGCGACCACGAUCCCGAGUGAAACUGUCCAGGAGAACUCUUCAAGACUGCGUCACGAACGAUGAUGAUCCGAUUGUUCUGGCGGACGGAGCACCUUCGUGUCCGAGAUGUUGCGCGAAGAUAAGAUAUCGUAACUGUACGUUGAUUCUUCGUUCGAGGGAAUACGAUGACCGUCGGUGAUGGAACAGUUUGUACUUUCUUGUAAUAUAGCGGUUCCCCAUGUUCUUUAGAUCGACGAAUUUUAAUUCAUUCUUUUAUCCUUAUUAAGGACCAACGUUGAGUUAACGCAACAUUUAUCGAAUUCGCUUAGUAUGUUACUUUUUUCACCACCAGAUUUUGCGUUUAGAUUCUACGAUUUUAUAAAAUUUAAAGAAAUGUAAGUAUUUGUAAUGUUAUGAUAAACUAUUAUUACUUAGUCCUUAAUGAGUUAAAUCGACCGAUCUUGACUCUGACAAUUGGAUAGGCAGCCAUGUAAUCGUAAAUUUCAUUUCCUUUUGCGAUUCUUGUAUUCUGUGAUAUAUAUCGAGUUUCGGGGAUUCCUUUCGUUGAUAGAUGUUUAAUUAUAUGAACCACUACUGUGGUUCAUAGCAUUGAAAAAUCUAUUACCUGGGUAGAAAGAGACAAUUAUAUAUGUAUAAUUAGGUUUUGCAGGGUAUGUAUAUUCUUGAUAGAAGGUUUCGAUUUUUGUCCAGAUUUCCAACUACAGUUACGAUAAUGAAUGACAAAUGUAAUGAGUAUUUACACUUUUGUAUCGAAUCGAUGUUUAAAUUUAAUUUAAUUACGUGAGGGAAGUCAAACAAGAACAGUCGUUGUAUUCUUGGAAAUCAUUUGGAAUAAAAUCGAAGUUCAUUUACAUUGAAUUUUAUUCGAUAA